AUGUUCCCAAAUCCACAAGGGCAGAACAACCAGCCUCCAUUAGUUCAUGCACACACUAGUAUAGCAGACCUCCCGCCGCCAAUACAUAUUUAUGAUAUACCUGUUCAUCUCCGACAUCUGGUUACUCUGGAUUUGAGUGUGCUUCAUCACCGAACUACCACGACAGAAAACCUCCGCGAUAGUUUGAAGUGUUUCUAUCACACAAUCCCUCACGUCCGCAUGCUCACCAAGAGUAAUCUUAUCGAGUCGUUCAUAUACUAUAUUGUUCCCAUCCUUCGCUCACCUAAAGUCUUCGAUGAAGAACGUGGUAUCUUAUACAUCUUUGACGUCCCCUUUCUUAUCGAGCUUGGACCGGAUCCGGACGCUGGCGAGGCUAACAAUGAUGGUAACAACGGCGCGGGUGCCACCGCGUAG